AUGGCGGAACGCGGAGCGCGACGGCGGAUUAUGAGGACGAUGUCGACGGUUCUGUUGAAUUUAUUGUUCGCGGUCGUGUUUGUCUCGGCGGACCGACGUUUGAGAUUCGAAGAAUCGGAAGAGCGGAGUGUUGCCUCUAGUUUUCUCGUUAAGGCAUCGGAUUUCGUGUGGCAAAAUGGUCGAACAGGUUAUCAGCGCGUCUGGCCUGAACUGGAAUUUGGAUGGCAAAUAGUGCUGGGCACAAUUGUUGGGUUCUUGGGAGCGGCAUUUGGGAGUGUGGGUGGUGUUGGCGGAGGUGGCAUUUUCGUUCCUAUGCUUAGCCUUAUUGUUGGGUUUGAUCCUAAAUCAUCAACUGCAAUCUCUAAAUGUAUGAUAAUGGGUUCAGCUGCAUCAACUGUGUACUAUAAUCUUAGGCUACGGCAUCCUACACUUGACAUGCCAAUAAUUGAUUAUGAUUUGGCUCUGCUGAUCCAGCCCAUGCUUAUGCUAGGAAUUAGUAUCGGUGUGACUUUUAAUAUCAUCUUCGCCGACUGGAUGGUUACUGUCCUGCUUAUUGUUCUGUUUAUAGGCACAUCAUCGAAAGCAUUAUUAAAGGGUGUUGAAACCUGGAAAAAGGAAACAGUAAUGAAGAAGGAGGCUGCUAGGCGGCUUGAGUCAACCAGUAAUGGUGGUGGGGAUAACGCAUACAGGCCUCUUCCAAGUGGCCCUCGAAAGGACACCAAUGAAGCAGAGGUUUCAAUUGCAGAGAAUGUUUGUUGGAAGGAACUUGGGCUUCUUGUUUUCGUUUGGGUUGCAUUCCUCAUAUUGCAGAUUGCAAAGAAUAAUAUGGCUACUUGCUCAACAAACUACUGGGUAUUGAAUUUGUUACAGAUCCCAGUGUCACUUGGUGUCUCAGGCUACGAGGCUUUCAGCCUCUACAAAGGACACAGGGUGAUUGCAUCCAAGGGAGACCAAGGCACCAACUUGCAAGUUCACCAGCUUGUGACUUAUUGUGCUUGCGGUAUCCUGGCUGGAGUCGUAGGUGGACUUCUUGGACUCGGAGGAGGAUUCAUACUGGGUCCACUAUUUUUGGAGCUAGGAGUGCCUCCUCAGGUUUCAAGUGCCACUGCAACAUUUGCAAUGACUUUCUCAUCGUCUAUGUCCGUCGUAGAGUACCACCUCCUGCAUCGAUUUCCUGUUCCAUAUGCUGUCUACUUCUUUGCCGUAGCAACGGUAGCUGCAUUUGUGGGGCAGCAUGUGGUGAGGAAGUUGAUCAUCAUUCUAGGAAGGUCGUCUCUGAUCAUCUUCAUUCUAGCAUUCACCAUAUUCGUCAGUGCAAUCUCUCUAGGUGGUGUUGGCAUAUCCAACAUGAUUGGAAAAAUCGAACGACAAGAAUACAUGGGAUUUGAGAACCUAUGCAAAUACGAUUCUUAA